CAGCAGUACUAAAACCUUAGAACGCUCGAAGAAUCCCAGAAAAAUCCCUCGUAUCUCUUAUUAAAAAACAUGUACAUCGUGUGUUCCUGAAGAUUCCAGAGAAAACCAUAGACAAUUUUUAUUUUUUUAUAGGAAUCAAAAUGAUUAGAAGGAAAAGGGAAUUGCAGAUGAGUUUGUAAGAUAUCUUUGAAUCGAACAGCAAUCGUAAAGCCCGGAACAAAAUGAGUCACAGAUAAGAGAGUCAACGAUCUAGUAGCGCGUGUUCUUUUAGUCAUCGCAAUAUUUAUUUUCUCUCUGCGUGGUACCGGCGAGGCGUCUUGAAUACAACCACGAAUAAGAUAAGUUGUAGACUCGCUCGUCUAGUGACAUUUCUCGCCAGUAGAAUCGUACGCGAACAUCUGUCCCGUAGCUCCGACAUCCGACCAGUUGACGUCAAAAUGACGUCUGACAAGUGAAGGUCUAACCUCAUCCGUUUUGUAUAUUUAUAUUGCAUUUACGGCAAUAUAGUGCUUCUCCUGCAACGGUACCAUGGUAAACAAAUUAGAAAAAUCCUCCCUCGUUGCGUCGGCGGCGAAGUUCAUUCGCGACGCACGCAUACCUGUAUGAGUCCCUUUGACGUCCCUUUUGCCGCUUCGGGAUACAGAAACUUGGGGAUGCGAAACUUGUUGACGACGAUGCGGCCGCCCUCCAGAAUCUGGAGCAAUUGAUGACGGAGUUCUUCUCACCGGAGACGAGCAACGAACGCAAGCGCACGAUCGAGCGUAGCUUUCAAGAAUUCACCGCACAGAUCGACUCCUGGAAGCCGUGCUUGCAUUUCUUAUCUUCCACAAGCAACCACUACGUCAGUAUGUUUGCUCUGUCCACCUUGGAGACGACCAUCGGCAGGAGAUGGCCGAUUCUCCCGUGGGAGGACAGAGCCCUUACAAGAUCCACCUUGUACACGUUGUCAUUGGAGAGAGGUGUAGCGCCUUUCGUGAGGAAUAAAGUCGUAAAGUUAGUAGUAGAUAUAGCAAGACACGACUGGCCACAUUUCUAUCCAGAUUUUUACUCCAAUAUUUUACAGUUGCUGGGUCACAAACACACAAGGCUCCUCGGGCUUGUAUACCUGCGUACAGCUUCGGAAGAGCUUGCUACGCCGCGAGAAGAUCUGCCGAUGCACCGAAAGACCGAGCUGUUCAGACUGUUAAGUUCUCAAGUGCCUCUGACUUUGGAUACACUCACAGUGCUUCUGAAGGAGACCACGAAGUUGCAAAGUCGUUCCGGUACGGUCACACCCCCUCCAUCGCCCACCAGUGGACAGACUCUUGCGCCUGUACGCGCUGUGCUCGACGUCGAGGGAUUAGCAACAGGCACUAGUGAGGUUUGCACAGCGACUCUCGAAGUUUUGGCGCACCUGUUCAGUUGGAUCGACCUAUCGGGCAGUAUCUCGACUAACUUAUUGGAUGCUAUUUUCUCAUGUGCCAAGUAUCACGACGCGAUGAACGGCAAGCAGAUAGAAAUGGCGGUGCAAGCCUUGACUACGGUUAACGAGCUGUUGUACAGACCACUCUGUUCACCCAAUGCGGCCGACACAUUAUUACUGGAGAUAUUUCAACACGGCGUUAAUUUAUUCCAAUUGAUAGAACGUCUCGACUCGAUAGACGAAAGCUACAUGGAGAAAAUGACGGAGUUCUUACAGUUGUUCAUAACGAAUCACCUGAAGAGAUUGGAGUCGAGCUCGAAGUUUCUUAUAAAUACGUUAUUAGAAGUACUGUGCCAUCAUACGUUCCAGCAGGCUUCCACCGUGAACGGUUACCUGCGAUGUUUGGACGUUUGGACCACGCUUUUGGAGAGCACCCAGUCACGAUAUUCCGCCGUAGCGCUGGGCCUCGCCGAACGAGUGUUGCAGAAAAUGAGUUUCAAGCUCAACGCUCGAGUAUUGAGGGACCUCGAUACGGAGAGUUUGGACGAGAACGAAGAAACGGAAUGGCAGCAUUUUCUGCGAUGUAAUGUGGAGUGUUUGGCGAAAAUUGCCGACAUCUCGCCUAUUCCAGUAUUCACACUAUUGUACCGUUCGUGGAGAGAGGGUUUGAUUAUUUUUGGAGAAUUGGGCGCUGCCUUAGCGAACGGGCAGGUUAUUUUAUUAAACGACGCGGAGGCGUCGAACGUGCAUGCACAUCUGAGAGAUCUCGCGUCGACCACGCAAGCUCUAGCCAGGCUGUAUUCUCUUUUCAUCGGCGACCAGACGAACGCCGAUCAAGGCUUGGCUGAGGAAGUUGUGUCGCAGACUCUCGAUGCCUGCGUGUUCGCGAGGGAUAAUCAAUUGUACAAAGCCGCGCUUCAGCCACCCGCUAUCGUAAUAGACCUCAUAGAAGUACAUUCACAGCUUUUGGCUUCUCUUCAAGCAUGGUGUCAUUGGAUAGCCAGAAGACCGGAGAAAACGAAGGAGACGCUCUGCCAGCGUUGCAUCGACUCGUGCAUCUGGGCGACGACGUACACCGCUACCUGCGAUCAACCACCUCCGUCGAGCCUCGUUCAUUCCGCCACUCAUCUCUUCCAGAGUAUCACCGCCAUCCUGAAACCCAUCCUGUGGGACCAACCGACGUUUAGGAAUCUUAUUUCCAUGGGCACGUAUCCGUACUUGAAGCCAGACACGAUAAAGGUUCUACGCAGAGCAUUGGUGAACGGAAUUAUACUGCCGCCCGGUGACGCGGCCACGAGGCAAAGAUUAUUGGGCGCUAUGAUAUUGGCACUGUCCGCGCCUCUGGGUAUGCAGGGGCAACCAGUGCCUUCGGAGCCGACAAUUUCGAUCACGAUUGUGCCGCUGAUCCAAGUGCUAGAGGACUGCGCCUCUUCGUCGACCACUAUCAAGAAGAUACUGCACUCGUGUCUGGAGUCCAUCAUAAAUCGAACGUUGGAGUUACUACCUUACGUGAUAAGGUGCCCGGGUAUAUGUGAGGUGUUACUUAGCUUCCUGCAUUCAGCAUUCUCAGUAUUACAGCAACAGCUGGGACCCGAGUUCACGCAGAAUGCGGUCCAAGGCAUGCUGCAGAUCUACACCAGAGAAAAUAUUUCCGCCGGGCCCGCGUUGGACCAGCUUCUGGAGAUCCUGAUACUCGUCGUAUCGGCGCCCAGCAACGCAUUCAAGGCAUUCGUGCCCUCGGUGACGAGUCUUUGUCUGGGUCAGGUGUGGCCUGCUGUUGGCAACAACCUGAGCGCUCAUCCGGACACAACGUUGGUCCUGUUGAAACUCUUCCACAGUAUCCUCAUGCACCGCUGGCAGUAUUUCUACAACACUUCGGUAUUGCGAACCCUCGGGCAUCCCGACGAGGACGAGUCUGUGGAACACAAGGAGGAACUCGUAGCGAUUCUGGAGGCGUUCGGCCAGGCUCUCCUUCAGUCGGACGUUAAUAUAUUCCGACAGAGUCUGCAGAGUCUCGAGCAGCUGAACAUACGCUGGCGGCUCUAUCAACGAGCGAUCUUCAAGGUCCACCUUCUCGAGAGAUUUCUCAUGGCAUUGUUCACAGUGCUGUUUCAACAGUCUCACAACCUACUGGCGGAUGAAAUAGCCGCGGCUGUUCACAGUUUGGCGUCCGUCAACAUAGGGUGGUUUUUCGGUCAUUUCUUGCCAACGUUCUUGGCAACUUGCGAGGGCGUCGAUAAUAUGCAGAGGGCCACCUUGCUGGGCAACUUCGACAAAUCUACGGAUCAGCCGACACUGACCAGAUCGGUCCUCCAGCUUAUUUCGGACCUGAGGUGUUAUCAGCUCUGCAGGCCGGGCUGAGAUCGCAAUCGCAAUCUUCCGAUGGGAUCACAAUGAAACCUAUAUUCCAUUAAGACUUCUACAGUGGCAUUUAAACGACAGUCGCAUUCCCAUCGAAUCUCUCCUGCGAGUGCCUCUACCUAUAUAAAAAAAAAAAACGAGACAUUACCAGUGACGGAGCGAAUGAAAAAAAAAAGAAAAAAAAACAUUUUGUAAACAUUUACCAUUCUGUGUAUACCACUGCCGCACCUUAUUGUGAUGUCGCUAUUGUUACGAAUAAAACGUGCGUUUUUACAUGUGCUAAGCCGCGUUUCUGGAGCUUCUUAGCGAACGCACUCACAAUCUUCCGUUUGACUUUCACUUUUCUAGAUUUUUCUCCUCUGCCGAUUCAUAUAAUCGGAAGGAGUUGUUUGCGAUUUCGCCAGAGAUUCGAGCGAGCUGCAAGUCGCCUGCCGUUUAUAGCAUAUCACUCUUGUUGGGCUUAGAUAUACUUUUUACCAAGA